AUUAUUAUUAUUUUUUAAAUAUAGGAAAUCAAAUAAGAAAAGAAAACUGAGGUCCAGAAGAACAGCUGAGGAUGAUGGGAGAGCGCACGGACGCUGCGUUUGAAACGACCGGAUCCAAGUGGCUGCAGCCCGUCAGUGACCAGCUGGGCUUCCCCCUGGAUCAGGUGAAUUUUUUGGCAUGUCAGCUGUUCGCCCUGGCUGCCGCCUUCUGGUUCCGCCUCUACCUCAGCCCUCGCCAUGCCAACCCCCUGGUCAGACACGCUGUGGCCACGCUCCUCGGCGUCGCCUUCCUCAUCUUCUGCUUCGGAUGGUACUCAACUCACAUCCUGACAGUGGUGGUUACAAGCUACGUGAUUAUCGUGACAGCCCACAUCGACAGCGUGCACAGGUACUCCAUGGUGACGGCUAUGGGCUUCCUGACAGUGUGCCAAGUGAGCCGGGUGGUCAUAUUUAACUAUGGGAUACUGUCCACUGACUUCUCUGGGCCUCUGAUGAUAGUAACUCAGAAAAUCACCACACUGGCUUUCCAGCUCCAUGAUGGUAUGUGUAAGAAACCUGAGCAGCUGACCCCGGAGCAGGAGCUUCAUGCGAUAAAAGUGAGGCCGUCUCUCAUCGAGUACCUGAGCUACAAUCUGAACUUCCUGAGCAUCCUGGUGGGACCGUGCAGUAACUAUAAGGACUACAUAAACUUCAUCGAGGGACGACACAUCAGCCAGAGGCUCAGGCAGCACUCUGAGGUGUGUAACGGACAGAACGGCUACGACAAGACGCCAAACCCGUCACCUCUGACCGCUGUGUGCCAGAAGCUGCUCGUCUGCUGUGGCUGCAUGCUGUUCUUCCUCACUGUGACUCGCUCAUUGCCCAUAACGUACAACGUGGACCCCCACUUUGUCAGCCACGCCCCCUUCCUCACCAGGCUCACCUACGCUUUCUUCUCCAUACAAGCAGCCAGGCCCAAAUUCUACUUCGCCUGGACACUAGCCGAUGCUGUGAACAACGCUGCAGGUUAUGGUUUCCUGGGGAUGGAUGAAAAUGGAAAACCAUCUUGGGAUCUCAUCUGCAACCUCAACAUCUUGAGGAUUGAGACUGCAACCAGUUUCAAGACUUUCAUUGACAACUGGAAUAUUCGAACAGGAAUUUGGCUCAAAUUUGUGUGUUACGACCGAGCCCCCAAGCACCGGUUGGCAUUGACAUUUAUCCUGUCUGCCCUGUGGCACGGAGUUUAUCCAGGCUAUUAUUUUACAUUCAUCACCGCCAUCCCCAUCACCAUGGCAGCACGAGCAAUAAGGAAGUCCGUUCGUCACAACUUCCUGUCCUUCACAGGCUUGAAGCUCUUUUACGACAUCCUAACCUGGGCAGCCACUCAGCUCGCCAUCUGCUACACCGUCAUGCCUUUCUUACUUCUUGCAAUAGAGCCAACUUUGGUUUAUUACAGGUCUAUGUACUACCACGUGCACAUCAUUAGCAUUCUGGCUGCGAUCGGCCUGCAUCGGAAACACAAAGCCAGGGACCCCUCUGCCACCGCUAAAACACUCUCAGCCCAGUGCCAGCCUGUCCACUCCAACAACAACGACAAAGUAGACUGUCGUAGAGUAGACCCCCCCCCCCCCGUCACGUUGUUUCAACAGGCGCUCAGUGCACGGUGUUCUCUCAAAGACAAGUGA